GAAGAUACUAGCUCUAAACCUCUACACUUUGUUUAUGGUUUGUUUGACUCGUUUCAGUCAGUUUGAGUCAAGUCGAGUCCGUUUGAGUCAAGUGUUAAGUGGAAAAGGCAAACGUUUACUAAAUUUCUUGACUAAAACAUAUUCUAUAAAGACAACAAAGUUAAAUAUGACACAGACAUAUCCAACUGAUUGGGAUGCUGAUGACUACAAAGAUGAAACCGAACCUGAAGAACAUUGGGAAUUGCGAAAGGCAUUUAUGGAGACCCAUAAGGGUAGCUUUUCGGAAGAUUAUUUAGUGGCUUUAGCUAGAACUUUUACUAACAUCGAAUUCAUGGGAUGCAGCUACCCAACUCCAGUAAUGAUAAGAAUCGCAGAACUCUCUAAAGAUAUUGCAAAAAAUUAUAGAGAAUUGCAGAAAAAUAAGCUAAAAAGGACCUUUGUGUCAGCCUCUAAUGCAGCAGAGAAUAAAAUAAAAAAACGAACAAGUACUCCAGGUUCUUACGUGUCGAAUAACAGCACAAAGUAACUUUGGUUCAUGUACCUGAAUUUAAUUAUGAAAGUUCCAAACUUACAACAGUUUAUAAAAUAUCAGUGAGGAGUAAGUAUGACCAUAUAUUGAAAAAAUAGACACAUGUUUUACAA